AAAAACACCACUUCGAUGAGAACUCUAUAAAAACUGUACGUUCCAGUAGAUUGGUCCUGUUUGGCAGCUGCUGUCUCACCCACAGCUUCUGACGUCUAAGAGGUCUCUCCUCUCCCAAACUACCUCUCACCAUGGCCCACCAAUUUCCAGCCCUCACUCCAGAACAGAAGAAGGAGCUCUCAGAAAUCGCCCAGCGCAUUGUUGCAAAUGGAAAGGGGAUCCUGGCUGCAGAUGAGUCUGUGGGCACCAUGGGAAACCGCCUGCAGAGGAUCAAGGUGGAGAACACCGAGGAGAACCGCCGGCAGUUCCGAGAAAUCCUCUUCUCUGUGGACAAUUCCAUCAACCAAAGCAUCGGGGGUGUGAUCCUUUUCCAUGAGACCCUCUACCAGAAGGACAGCCAGGGAAAGCCGUUCAGAACCAUCCUCAAGGAAAAGGGGAUCGUGGUGGGAAUCAAGUUAGAUCAAGGAGGUGCUCCCCUUGCAGGAACAAAUAAAGAAACCACAAUUCAAGGGCUUGAUGGCCUCUCUGAGCGCUGCGCUCAGUACAAAAAGGAUGGUGCUGACUUUGGGAAGUGGCGUGCUGUGCUGAGGAUCGCCAACCAGUGUCCAUCCAACCUCGCUAUCCAGGAGAAUGCCAAUGCCCUGGCCCGCUACGCCAGCAUCUGUCAGCAGAAUGGGAUGGUACCCAUCGUUGAACCAGAAGUCAUUCCUGAUGGAGACCAUGACCUGGAACACUGCCAGUAUGUUACUGAGAAAGUCCUGGCUGCUGUCUACAAGGCCUUGAAUGACCAUCAUGUUUACCUGGAGGGUACCCUUCUUAAGCCCAACAUGGUGACUGCUGGACAUGCUUGCACCAAGAAGUAUACUCCAGAUCAAGUGGCAAUGGCUACCGUCACAGCUCUCCACCGUACUGUUCCUGCAGCUGUCCCUGGCAUCUGCUUCUUGUCUGGUGGCAUGAGUGAAGAGGAUGCUACUCUCAACCUCAAUGCUAUCAACCUUUGCCCUCUACCAAAGCCCUGGAAACUAAGCUUCUCUUAUGGACGGGCCCUGCAAGCCAGUGCACUUGCUGCUUGGAAUGGCAAGGCUGCCAACAAGAAGGCAACUCAGGAGGCUUUUAUGAAGCGGGCCCUGGCUAACUGCCAGGCAGCCAAAGGACAGUACGUUCACACGGGCUCCUCAGAUGCUGCUUCCACCCAGUCGCUCUUCACCGCCUGCUAUACCUACUAG